GAAAGUGUUCAGUUAUUUCAGACUCCAUGUUAAGUUGACAGAGCAGAAGGAGGAGAACUGAAGUCUGAGGCAGGACUGACUGAAGUGCAGAAGAUGAGUGUUUGUGUGGAGGAAGAGGAGGACAGAGCAGAGUCUCCAGGAUCCAGCUGUCUGUCUAUGAAGAGUGACCAGUCCAAAGACUUUUCUCCAAACUUCAGUAAUGAAACUGGACCCUCAGACACAAAAGAGAAGAGUGGAGUGGAGGAGCAGCCGUCCUGCUGUGCUUUGUGUCAGGAUGUCCUGAAGGAUCCAGUCUCUACAAGCUGUAGACACUGGUUCUGCAGACAGUGCAUCACAUCAUACUGGGACCAGUCUGCUUCACCAGGAGACUCCUCCUGUCCCCAGUGUGGAGAAAGAUCCAGAACAAGAGCUGGACUGCAGACAGCCAGUCAGAGCAGCUCUGUACAAAUGACUGAUGGUCUGCAGGAGGUUUUAGAUGAACAUAAGAUCAGUCUGAGGAGGAGAUGUGAAUGUGUGACUGAAGGAAGUGAUGAAACAGGAAGUGGAACCCUCCUCAACAGGAUCUACACUGAGCUCUACAUCACAGAGGGACAGAGUGAAGAGGUUAAUACCCAACAUGAGGUGAGGCAGCUUGAGACAGCUUCCAAGAAGAAACCCCUCCAUGAAACUCCAAUCAAGUGCCACGACAUCUUUAAAGCCUUACCUGACCAACAGAGACACAUCAGAGUGGUUCUGACAAACGGUGUCGCUGGCGUUGGAAAAACCUUCUCAGUGCAGAAGUUCACUCUGGACUGGGCAGAGGGCUUGGAAAACCAAGAUGUCAGUCUGGUGAUUCUGUUUUCGUUCAGGGAGCUGAACUUGAUCAAAGAUAAGCAGUACAGUCUUCUCACGCUGCUCCAUGUUUUCCAUCCAACAUUACAGAAGGUCCCAGCAGAGAAGCUCACUGUCUGUAAACUGUUGUUCAUCUUUGACGGCCUGGAUGAAAGCAGACUUUCAUUGGAUUUCAAGAACAAGAAGGUUGUGUCUGAUGUCACACAGAAGUCAUCAGUCAACCUGCUGCUGACAAACCUCAUCAACGGGAAUCUGCUUCCCUCGGCUCUUGUCUGGAUAACUUCCCGACCUGCAGCAGCCAAUCAGAUCCCUCCUUCGUGUGUUGACAGGUUAACAGAAGUACGAGGCUUCACUGACGCCCAGAAGGAGGAGUACUUCAGGAGGAGAGUCAGUGAUGAAGAGCUGUCCAGCAGAAUCAUCUCACACAUCAAGACCUCCAAGAGCCUCUACAUCAUGUGUCUAAUCCCAGUCUUCUGCUGGAUCACUGCUACAGUUCUGGAGCACAUGUUGACUACAGACCAGAGAGGAGAGCUGCCCAAGACCCUGACUGACCUGUACUCACACUUCCUGCUGGUUCAGACAAAGAGGAAGAAGCAGAAGUAUAAUGAGGGACAUGAGUUGAGUCCACAGGAGCUGACGGAGGCUGACAGGAAAGUUCUUCUGAAGCUGGGGAGGCUGGCGUUUGAACAUCUGGAGAAAGGAAACAUAUUUUUUUACCAAAAAGACCUGGAGCAGUGUGGUCUUGAUGUCACAGAGGCCUCGGUGUACUCAGGAAUUUGUACGGAGAUCUUCAAAAGAGAGAGUGUGAUCUUCCAGAAAACAGUCUACUGCUUUGUUCAUCUGAGCAUUCAGGAAUUCCUGGCUGCAGUCUACAUGUUCCACUGUUAUACCAACAAGAACACAAAGGUACUGAAGACUUUUUUGGGAAAAAAACAUGUUGAUUCAACCCUGGAUGUCUUCCUGAAGGGAGCAAUGAUGAAAUCCCUUGAAAGUAGAAAUGGCCACCUGGACCUGUUUGUUUGCUUCCUUCAUGGUCUCUCUCUGGAGUCCAACCAGAGACUUUUAAGAGGCCUGCUGGGUCGGACAGAUAACAGUCCAGAAAUCAUCCAGAGAGCCAUUAACAACCUGAAGGAGAUGGACAGUGAUAAAACCUCUCCUGACAGAAGCAUCAACAUCUUCCACUGUCUGACAGAGAUGAACGACCACUCAGUUCAUCAGGAGAUCCAAGAGUUCCUGAAGUCAGAGAACAUAUCAGAGAAGAAACUCUCUGUGGUCCACUGCUCAGCUCUGGCCUACAUGCUGCAGAUGUCAGAGGAGGUUCUGGAUGAGUUGGACCUGGAGAAGUACAACACAUCAGAUCAGGGACGACUGAGACUGAUUCCAGCUGUGAGGAACUGCAGAAAGGCUCGACUUUCCUACUGUGGACUCUCAGAGAGUCACUGUGAAGUUGUGGCAUCAGCUCUGAAGUCCAACCCCACCCAUCUGAAAGAGCUGGACCUGAGUCACAACAAGCUGCCAGAUUCAGGAGUAAAACUGCUAUCUGCUGGACUGGAGAGUCCGAAGUGUAGACUGGAGACUCUGAGAUUGAGGUCUUGCAAUUUGUCAGCGAUCAGCUGUGCUUCUCUGGCCUCAGCUCUGAAGACCAACCCCUCCCAUCUGAGAAAGCUGCAGCUGGGUCUCAACUACUUGCAGGAUUCAGGAGUGAAGCUGCUGUGUGGUUUUCUGGAGAGUCCACACUGUAGACUGGAGACUCUGAGAUUGAGUCUCUGCAGUUUGUCAGAGAUCAGCUGUGCUUCUCUGGCCUCAGCUCUGAAGUCCAACCCUUCCCAUCUGAGAAUGCUGGAGCUGAGUGACAACAAGCUGCAAGAUUCAGGAGUGAAGCUGCUGUGUGAUUUUCUGGAGAGUCCACACUGUAGACUGGAGACUCUGAGAUUGUGGAACUGCAGUUUGUCGGAGAUCAGCUGUACUUCUCUGGCCUCAGCUCUGAAGUCCAACCCCUCCUAUCUGAGUAUUCUGCACCUGGGUGGAAACAAGCUGCAGGAUUCAGGAGUGAAGCCGCUGUCUGAUCUUGUGGAGAGUCCACACUGUAGACUGGAGACUCUGAGAUGGAAGUGAUCUCUGUCAGAGUGUGAGUGAUGAGAAAGGUGGUGGUGUUAAGAGAGGAUCAGCUGUGUCCUGAUGAUCCAGAGAGGUUGAAGCAGCAGCAUCAGCUUGUGUGUGGAGCGGCUCUGACUGGGCCUUGUUACUGGGAGGUAGAGUGGAGAGGAGAGCUUCAUCCAGCAGUGACUGACAGAGGAAUCACAACAGUGCUGCAGUCUAAACUGCUCUGAGAUCAGCUCCACUGUCAGACACAAAGUCAAGUCCAUCAUCUGUCUCUGUAUAUCUUUGUGUUGCGCCUCCACACUGUUGAUGAUGGAGAACUGCCGUUAAUUUUCACAUUAUUAAGUAAUAAGCACUCCAGCGGGUGGUGAAAACUUCCUAACAAGAUCACCGGCACCCAGUUACCCACCAUCAAGAACAUUUAUCAAAAGUACUGCUUCGACAGGACAAGAAAAAUCAUCAAGGAUGCCUCCCACCCUAAACUUGGACUUUUCACCCAGCUAACAUCCGUCCGGCUUUACAGGAACCUACACUGUCGCACCAAGGGCUGUAAUCUUGCUGAACUCCACACCUUCAAUUUUAGCACCUUUGCACUCAUAAUGCACUACACACAGUACAUGUUAUUGCACUGUUCAUAUUUUAGUACAGCCUGAACCCCUCUGUUAUAAUGUCACUGUAACCAAGUGUAUAACCAACUUAUACGUUGUUAUACUAUGCAUACGUAGAUGUUGUUCAUACUGUAUAUUCAUCCAUACAUUUGCACUCUCUAUUCGCUAACUCUGUCCACUUCUCCUCUAUAUGUUUUUUUAUAUAUAUUCCCAUAUAGUAGUAGUAUGUAUAAUAUCUGUAUAUUGUAAAUUCACUGUACAUAUUGUAAGGUAUAGCAUAACUACACUUAAAUGUAUGUACGUAAUUUGGCCCACGGGCUGCCUCUUGCCAACCACCGUUGUAGGUGAAACCAAACUGAGACGCACAUUUUGAACAAAAAGAGCAGUGAAGCGUCACACCGGGGGGCGAAUGUGUGAACAGGCACUGCACUUGUUCUCUCUAAAUGUAACAUGUUUAAAACACGCAGAAAGUGGGACAGGUAGAGUACAAGGAAUUUCUUUAUAUUCUCUACAGAUCAUAAUGGCAGGUCUACCGUCCACCCAGAAUGUAAGUUUAGUAGGUCAGUAUAAGAGCACUAUUAGGUUUUGUUUAAUAUCAGAAACAUUGACUGAUGCUCCAAAAAUAUAUCUCAUUUUGGGGGAAAGGACAGAAAAAAGAUUGAUUAAUACAAUUUGUAUUUAUGUUGAAAUUUACAAAAUAAAAUCAAAUGAUGACUAUUUGAUGACCUUUGAUGCAUAAUAUGUUUAAAAUUUAAAAGAGAAUGACAGUUUCAGGAACAAGUUUCACAAAGUUUUAGAAAUGUAGACAUUCUCAUAAAAGACAACACAAUUAAACUAUUGCUAUGUAGAAAGGCACAAUGGUUUUGCGACUGCUUUCUCAAGGAUCUUAGAGAGAAAGGAAGGUUAGGGCUAGUUGGCUAUAACUCUGUCUUUUAAGAAGAGGUUUGAUUACAGCUACAACUACUGGUACAUAUGGUAUCAGUCUAGAUUUUUGGUAGAUAGUUUUUUUUCCAAUUUAAGUUUCCUCUCAAUUUUCAUUUCAACUUAUUUAAACAACCAGUAUUAACUGUGGAAGGCUGUUCCAAAACCCUUAUUAAAGGUGCAGUACAAUGGAAAACUGUAUUUCCCUUGGCAUUGUUGGCAAGAGUUCAGGCCAUGCAACUGAUAAUCUCUCGAACCCAAAAUACCCCUGAAAAAUGGCCAAAUGCCAAGAAGCUCUAGAUGUUUUACGUAACGUCUAGGAUGUUUACGCCCCCAAAGUUACAUAGUCCAGCCCACCAGAGUUAGCAGUCAUAAGAACUCAUAGAGCUGUAGGUUGUGCAGUGCAGUGCGUCUUAUGGAAAGUGUUUUUAUGGUUAUGAAGGAAAGGUAAAUAUUUUCUGCUUUUCCCUCUGAUGAUUUAUGAUCAAAUUGGAUCCAGUUUCGGUAAAACCAGUGAAUAAAGUUCCGCCCCUCUUCUGUU